AGAAUAGUAAUAAAAUAAUGAGAGAUAGUAGGAUAAUGAUUAAAAAAGAAAGUAUAAUUAGUAUAGAGAAUGAAAAUAUGUUGAAUAAAAUUAAUGCUAAAAGCUGGCUAUCUACUAAAGAUAAAGAAAUCGUAUAUUAA